UUCUGCUUGCAUUUCCUGUUGAUGCUGUUCUCACCGGGAGCGAUGGCGCUGCUGGGAGCGGUUUUCUCGGCUCUUCUCUUCAGUCCGGCGGCUUUCGCGCUGGUGCAGGAUCUCGAUGAUACGUUUAAAGACAGCAGAAUGGAUGACAUUUGGCUGGUGGAUUUUUAUGCACCAUGGUGUGGUUACUGCAAGAAACUCGAGCCAGUGUGGCAAGAGGUCGGAGCGGAACUGACACGCUCUGGGUUGCCAGUUCGUGUGGGCAAAAUGGAUGCCACUGCAUAUUCAGGUGUGGCCUCAGAGUUUGGCGUGCGAGGAUACCCCACGAUUAAACUGCUGAAGGGGGAGCUAGCUUAUAAUUACAAGGGACCAAGAACCAAAGAUGACAUCAUCGAGUUUGCCAACAGAGUGGCUGGACCGGCUGUGCGAUCUCUCCCGAGCAGACAGAUGUUUGAACAUGUCUUGAUGAGGCACAGUGUGCUGUUUGUGUAUGUUGGGGGGGAGUCUCCUCUUAAGGAAAAAUACAGUGAGGUGGCAUCUGAGCUCAUUGUGUACACAUAUUUCUUCUCUGCAUCUGAAGACAUCUUAACAGAGUCUGUGACUUUGCCUGAGCUGCCUGCAGUGGUUGUCUUCAAAGAUGGAACAUAUUUCACAUAUGACGAGUAUGAAGAUGGCAGCUUGUCAUCGUGGGUAAAUCGUGAGCGCUUCCAAAGUUACCUUCAGAUUGAUGGUUUCACGCUCUAUGAGCUGGGAGAAACAGGUAAACUGGUGGCGAUUGCAGUUACUGAUGAGAAAGAUCCAACAGAGCAAAGUGUCAGGUUAAAAGGUCUUAUCCAGAGAGUUGCUACAGAGCACAGGGAGCAGUUCAACAGGGAUUUCCAGUUCGGCCAUAUGGAUGGUAAUGAAUACAUCAACAGCCUGAUAAUGGGUGAGGUGUCAGUGCCCAACAUCAUCAUCCUCAACACGUCAAAUGAGCAAUACUUCCUGCCUGCUGCACAUGUCGAGAACAUUGAACAGCUGCUGCAGUUCUUCAAGAGUGUGCUGGAUGGCAGCGCUCUGGCAUAUGGAGGAGACGGAAUAUUUCAGAGAAUCAAGCGUGUGGCGUAUGAUGCAAGAUCCACUGUAAUGUCGGUGUUCCGCAGUUCUCCAGUGCUGGGUUGCUUCCUCUUCGGUCUGCCGUUAGGCGUCAUCAGUCUCAUGUGUUAUGGAAUCUGUACAGCUGAAUCUGAUGAUGGUGCUGAUGACGUGGAGCUGAUGAGGAGAGAUGGGUUUACAGAUGAGGAAGAGGAGGGUGAAGAGGAAGAGCAGCAACAACUGACCACCAAUAUCCAAGGAGAAGAGGAGGAGGAUGAAAAUGAGGCAGAGAGAGAAGAGAAGAGUCCCAGUGAAAAAAAGGUUGAUUAACAAAGCGAGAAAUGGAAAAGAGUAUGACUCUAGAACUAUAUCACUGUUAUUCUUUUGAUUGUUCAUUCAUUAAUUCUUUUGAUGUUUCUUUCUAUAUUUUCAAAAUAUUUUCCCUAAAUGUCCAUUAAAUUCUGGUUUGCCAAAUUCUGCCCCACAUUUGUUUUAAAGUUAAAACAGUAUCUGUAGGUCCUUUUUGUGCUUACUAAUAAUCAUUACUUAGCACUGUUCUCUUAUGAUCCAUUUUCCAGAGAAGCUUUAAAUGAAUCCAUUUAAACUGCAAUUUUAUCUCCGAGUUGUGAAACUAAAAAACAAUUGAUAAAUAUGGACCCUUUUCUUUUUUAAGAAAACAUGAAGUAAUUGUUUUAUCAAACACCAAUUUUCUACAGAGCUUUGUCCACUGAUGUUUGAAUUAAAUAAAAUCAAUCUUUCAUAAAAUAUUAUUGAACAUUUCAAACAAUAAUUUGACCAUACAUACAGUAUAUGCUGUUUUCCUGCAAGCUACAUGGAGGUAAUCUGACUGAAUGUGCUAGCUUUUGAAAAGUUCUCUAGAAUUAUAAUGUAAUAGGGCAGGUAAGGGCUUGAAUGUAGCGCAUGUUCAUCUGUAAAGUGUUGAAAAGAGACAGAACAUGAAGGUCAAAUAUGCACUGAACUGACACAUGCACUGACCAAGCUAAUGUGACACAUGAAGCUUUUUUUUUUAACCUAUAUAUUCACUAUCAUGGAACAAAUCAACAUUAGCCUCCCUUACGUAGGGUGCCAUAUUUAAAAUUGUAUAGCAAGUAGUGUCAACUUGUGUUUAUAGAUGCCGCUAUAAAAGGCUUUAUGUCAGCUGUUCUCAGCACAGGAACAUUUCUUUGCCAGUUUAUGUGUCCAGUGAUCUCAGUUUGAGGGCAUUCCAGGUUGGACAAGGGACCUGAAAAAAAGCAGACACUUUGACAAGGUGGUGUUUUCUUUUAGAGCCACAGCCUUUGAAAAUAAUUUGUGAUCAGCACAUAAGAAAUGUUGCUGUUCAUGUGUAGAAAUCUAGUCAAAAACUUAAUUUGAAGUGUAACAUUUAAUUUGUUGUAAUGGAAUAAUGUUGAAAUCUGUGCUCACUUUGCCUUUAACUUUACCUUCGGGUCAUUAGAUCUUUUGGGGAUUCUCAUAUGUUGGCAUAUAUUUUGUCUUUGUUUCUGCUUAUUAAUGAGUCCAUUAAAUAUGUUUCUUUGUCUUUGUUCUCUUGUGUUUUAUCUCUAUGUACAUCUUUCCUUCACCUCAAU